AUGCACGGCCUCGCUCACGUUUGUAGUCACUGCUCAAGAAGCUUCAAGCGAGCAGAGCACCUGAUCCGCCAUACCCGUACACAUACUAGAGAGAAGCCGUACUCUUGUCGUUGCGGAGCAGCUUUUACACGGCGCGACCUACUUACUAGGCAUUGGCGUAUCACUCACCAUGCCGGCAACCCUGAUGCAGAGUCGACAACGUCGACUGAAACUGCGACGACAAUAGACGCACCCAGUUUGAACGUCCCCGGCACAGGGGCCGUGGAUGCGCAUCUCGUCCCACAGGUCCACUUAAACCAACUUGAGUUGCAUACCCAUCCUCCUGCUUUCCAAGAGCUUCAGCAGGCGCCACCAUAUCACGAUGAAGGGUUCGAGGACUUCCGCGACUUUGUGAACUUCAUCGACGGUGUUGGCCUAUCAGCCCAAUGGACCCCUGAGUACGAUUUUGACUGGAUGCGACUUGGCGAACAUCAUCAAGAAUCUCGGCGACACUCUCGAGAACCAGAGGGUCGAUCAUCCCCUGGUGCUGAAGAUAUCGGCACACCUUUCAGCACCUGGCUGCCAUCAGCACCGGCCGACGAUCAGGUCAAUUUGAAAUCAAAUGGGGAAGAUGGUGAGAAGAGAACAAGGAGUGGAACAUACAACGUCACGGAUGAACAUCGCAACUUUCUGGUGUCGCUGCUUGAGAGCUUUCCUUCUCCAAUCUCCGAUUUCCAGAUACCUUCUCGACAUACUCUCACUAGGUACAUCACCGCAUUCUUUGGCGGCUUCCACUCGCAUUUCCCUUUCAUUCAUGCGCCAACAUACAAACCAUCAUGUUCACCUCUGGAGCUGACCUUGGCUAUGUGUGCUGCUGGAGCACAGUAUUGCUUCGAGCGAAGAAGCUCCGAGCGUCUCUUUCGCGUAUCAAAAGCUAUCGUGUUCGAACGUUUGCGGCAGGAAGAAUCGCACUUUGGUCCGCAGACUCUUGCUUUUAUCGCUUCGACCAACAUACUCUCACCAGAGGCGCAUUUUGCCACCAGAAGAACAGGACCGUGGUCGCCUCUGGAUCUAGCGAAGACCCUACUGAUCCUGGUAGGAUUUGCGACAUGGGAAAGAAAAGACCUACUGCAGCAAGCGUUCGCACUCAGAGGUCUUCUAGUACAGACUCUUCGAGACAUUGGCCUCAAGGAAGAGGAGCCUAGCAGAAAUGUUUCGACCUCUAGAGCAGCAAUGUGGGACCAUUGGGUACAGCGCGAAUCGUCCAGACCAUCGCAUACAAUAUUCAUCCCCUACUUUGGAGUAGCGAACUUCAUUUGCAAUUGCCUUGCUGCACCCAAGAUUGGCAAGCUAGCAGCGCCGCACAAUGGUCUGCGCUACAACGGGAGGGGCGAGAGGACCACAUGCCCUUCCAACAAGCGUUGUCAAUACUCCUGCAGGGGACGGCAAAUCAAGAGCUAG